CUCUAGAGAUGGAUAUAUAACACUGUACCGUAACCUUUGGAAUUUACUCAAUUCUUACCAGCAAUCUUAACCUCUUUGCCUUGAACUCAUCAUUCAGGUAUCGUCAGUCUCAACAACACCAACAUCAACAUGACUUACACAAAUGGAACUUCCAACGGGACAAACGGCCAUGCGGCCAGCCCCACUCCGGCCGCAACUCGGCUUAGAAAAAUGCUCGCUGAAGGCAAUGAGUUGCUUGUUCUGCCGGGCGUAUAUGAUGGCUUCAGCGCUAGAAUUGCGCUAGAAGUUGGAUUCGAUGGUCUUUACAUGACGGGAGCUGGAACAUGUGCUUCAAAGCUCGGCCAGCCAGACUUGGGCUUCGCUUCGCUCAAUGACAUGAGAGAACAUGCUGAAAUGAUUGCCAACUUGGACCCCCGCGUCCCCGUCAUUGCUGACGCCGAUACGGGUUACGGCGGGCCCAACAUGGUUGCUCGCACGGUGGCACAAUACCACCGCAGCGGCGUCGCUGGUCUGCAUAUCGAGGAUCAAAUUCAGACCAAGCGCUGUGGGCACCUUGGAGGAAAGGAGGUUGUUAGCAUCGACACCUUUCAGCAACGUAUUAGUGCUGCCUCUACCGCCAGAGGGAAGCUGAGUUCAGACAUUGUUAUCAUUGCCCGAACAGAUGCUCUGCAGACCGAUGGUUUUGAAGAGGCUGUUCGUCGUCUAAAGGCUGCAGUUGCUGUCGGUGCCGAUGUUGCUUUCCUCGAGGGCAUUACCACAGAAGAAGAGGCGAGAGAGGUGUGCCGAGUGCUUUCACCAACCCCAGUCCUCUUGAACAUGGUCGAGAACGGAGCUACGCCAUCCUGGUCUGUAGCUCAGGCAAAGGAGAUGGGUUUCAGAAUCAUCAUCUAUCCUUUUGCUGCGAUUGCCCCGGCAUAUGGAGCUAUUCGCAACUCAUAUAAGCGCAUAAAGGAGACUGGCGUCACUGACAUUGACCCAACUUUUACGCCAAAGAAGUUGUUCACGAUAGUAGGCUUGAAAGAGGCGGCUGCGGUGGAUGCUGCUGCCGGGGGACAGUUGUAUGAGAGAGUGUAAAUAUACCAACUGAUUGCGAAUCAAAGUUUGCUUCUAUAGAUUACAUUGAAUAUAAAAGUAUGUAUGGAAUACGAAGAGACCGUUAAGUCGCCGUGUGGUAUAUGGAUUGUACGUUGUCUUAUUUGUGUUGUGUCUUAUUUGUUGAACGUCAGUGCAAAGCUGAAACGCUGUCAUCCCGGCCAAUCCAAGUUAAAUCCAUCUGCCAGGCUGCUUAGGUGAUCAAACAUCAUCGCAUCUUGCAUAUCUUCAGAACUAAACAGCAGCU